AUGAACAACAGAAACGCCCAGAUGUACACAGAGGGUAGGAUCAAGUCUCCAGGGGCCCAGCUGAGUCCUGGCCUUAGGACCACCAGCAACAUGGCUGAUGUUGAGCCCGCCAUAUCAGAAGUCAGCCAGGUUGUGCUUCCAGAUGCUGUAGGGAAGGGCAGUGGGAAGGAGCCCACAUCAGCCACAGAAAGGCCAGACAAUGGGCCGGGACAAGCAUCAGAGGAGGGGCCUCCGGAGCUCAGGACCCAGGAGCAGAGGCAUCCGGCAGACCCAGGGGAGAAGCAGUCAUCUUGGGCCCCUCAGGAAGAGCCGGAGGUGCUGCAAGCAGGCCGGGAUCAGGCCAAGCCAGGAAGUGAACUGGGGGUGCUGCCUUCCAGGGUCCCCACAGCACAUGAAGGGCUGCAGCAGCAGAGGUCAGGAAAGGAGAAUGAGGACCAGCAGGGGAGACAGCAGAACCCAGGGAUGGUGGAGAGUCAGGCCCCCGAGAGCUGCCAGCAGGGCCCAGAGUGGCAGCCCAUCCCAGGUCACCAGGCAGCAAAUAAGUCAGAUAUAAUGCAAUCGACAGAGUCUUCUUGCACCUUGGACAGCUAUGAACAGCAACUGGAAGACAAGUCCUCCAAGGAGACAGGCACUCAACACAUUAUGCCCCAGGAGAUUUUGCCAGAGCCUGGCCCAGGGGGACCUGAGGACAGUUUCCAGGAAGCGAUGCCCCUAAUUCCUAUGAUAACUUCAGAGAAAAAGAUGGCCAACUCCUUCCCACCAUCCACUCCAGGACUUAACACACCCCAAGAAGGGGGCAAGGCUAUGGAGACCAAGCCAGUACUGGGGCCUGUUCCUCCACGAGAGGUGAGGGACACUGGAGAAAGGAGGGAGCUGGACUGUGCCCAGAAGCAGCUUCAGGAGCUCACAGUGGCUGCAGGGGGCCAGAACCAAGGCUUCAUGAAGUGCUUGCUGGAAGUGGAGGAGGAGGAGGCCACGCAUCGGAGGGCCAACAAGGCCCGGGCCCUACCAAGCCGGAAGUCUCCCCGAGUCCUGAUCCCUGUGCCCACCGCAGCACUGCUUGGCAGCUCAGCUCCAAGCCUGACUCAGACCUUCACCUCAGUCCCUGCCAUGGCCCCAUCCUGGGCCCGGCCGUCAGCCCCUGGGCCAAUCCCUGCCCCUGUGGGAGCCCCGGUCCCAGCCUCUGUACCCGCCACUGUCCUACAAGCACCUGCCCCGGACCUGGGCUGGAGAAGGACAGAGCUCUUGCACCAGAGCAGCGAGAGGAACCUGAGCAGUGCCAAGGCACGGCAGGAGCUGGAAGAACACAGCCUCCUAAAAUUAUCUCAGAACUGGGAGGAGCGGAUGGAGGAGCACCUCACCCUGAAGCAAGAGGAAGCCUUCCGCAGUUACUUUGAGAUCUUCAAUGGCCACGGCAAGGUGGACGCACGCAGCCUGGAGAACAUUCUGCUCCUUGUGGGCAUCUCCCUGACGCCGGCCCAGGUGGAGGACGCCCUGAUCAGCGCCGACGUUGAUGGAGAUGGCUAUGUGGGCUUCAAAGACUUCUUGGCUGUGAUGACGGACACCAGGCGCUUCUUCUGCUCCGUAGAACAGAACACCCUGACGGACAUGGCUCCCCCGAACCCCCACACUCUGCUCUUUGAGAUCCUGUCCCUGCUGGUGGAGAUGCUGGCCUUACCCGAGGCAGCCUUAGAGGAGAUCACCAACUAUUACCAAAAGAAGCUGAAGGAAGGCACCUGUAAGACCCGAGAGAUGGAACUGACCACAGGCCAGCUGCGGUCCCGGAAGAAGCUUCCCCACAACCCACAGCAAGCAGACGCUUUGGAAAUCCCAGAACGAAGGGUCCUCAGGAUUCUGAGCCGUUUGAAGCAGCAAAACUAUGCUGCCAAUCUGCAGAGCCCCUAUGCCCAGGUGCCCUGCAUCCCACUCUGCCCAAGGCUGGACAAAAAGACGGUCCGCCGGAAGCAGAGCAGCCACUACAUGGACCAGUGCACGCCCACCAGCCUGGGUUCCGACAUCCAUAGCCUCUUCCUCCAGUCAGGAUCUCAAGGAAGCAGGGAACACAGCUCUGACAGCCGAAAGUGGCUCAGCUCUGUGCCGGCUCGGACCCACUGACCCUGCAGAGCAGCUCUGGGCAUAGGUCAUCAGGCAGAGAAUACUGCUGGGUUUUGCCUUUGUGGCCUGGUAAGCCAGUAAAUACCAAGAACCUCGGCC